UAAUGAAUUAAUUAAGUCUCCUUUGUAAAAGUCGCCCAAUUCAAUGAACUAUUUCAUCUCUCCGCUUAUAUUUAAAUACCAACGCUUAACAACAAACAUUCAUAACAGUUCACACCGACUAGAACGAUAAUGGAAGGAAUAGAACACAGAAUAGUUGAAGUAAAUGGCAUCAAAAUGCAUGUCGCCGAGAAAGGCAAAGAAGGACCGGUUGUCUUGUUCCUUCACGGCUUCCCUGAACUCUGGUACUCAUGGCGCCACCAGAUUGCGGCUCUCGGCUCACUCGGUUACCGCGCUGUGGCUCCCGAUCUCCGCGGCUACGGAGACACCGAAGCUCCCUCUUCGAUUAGCAGCUACACUAUUUUCCAUUUGGUUGGUGAUAUUGUUGCUCUGAUCGACGCACUCGGGGUUGAACAAGUGUUUCUGGUGGCCCAUGAUUGGGGUGCUAUCAUUGGUUGGAAUCUCUGUUUGUUUCGACCUGAGAAAGUGAAAGCUUAUGUGUGUCUCAGUGUUCCUUAUUUACCAAGAAAUCCCAAAAUCAAACCUGUUGAUGGCAUGCGAGCUUUGUUUGGAGAUGAUUAUUAUGUCUGCAGAUUCCAGGAACCAGGGAAAAUAGAAGCUGAAUUUGCAAAAGGUACCCCAGAACUGGUGCUCAAGAACAUGCUUACAACAAGGGAUCCUGGGCCACCAAUCAUACCCAAAGAGGGAACGGUUCCUAACCCUCAGAGUCAGGAUUUAAUUUCAAAGCCUCUCCCUUCUUGGCUCUCUCAAGAAGAUCUCAAUUACUAUGCUUCUAAUUUUGAAAACACAGGAUUCACAGGUGGCCUUAACUACUAUAGAAAUCUCAACUUAAACUGGGAACUGACAGCAGCAUGGACUGGAGCACAAAUUAAGGUACCGGUGAAGUUCAUCACAGGUGAUUUGGAUUUAGUUUAUGUUUCAAUGGGUACAAAGCAAUACAUUGAGAGUGGUGGUUUCAAGAAAGAUGUACCAAAUUUGGAGGAAGUGGUUAUACAAGAAGGUGUGGCUCAUUUCAACAACCAAGAAGCUGCUGAGGAUGUCAGCAAUCACAUUUAUGAAUUUAUCAAGAAGUUCUGAUCUUAUCGACUCGAUUUGCUGGAAAUUCUUCUCUAGAAGCUAAAUUAAAUCUUCUUUUAAUAAAUAAUGUAGUCACAGUGUAUGCUAAACGCGCCAAUUUGAAGUUACUUGUAAUUGUGGAAGUUUUUUAUCGUUUGGAUGUUAUCAUUUGGCAUCAUAGAAUGUAGUUCUUGUUUUAAUGAAUUUGAAAUUCUCUUGUUA